AUGGACAACCUGACAUUUAGAAACAGCAUUCUCCUCGUGGAGGGACUCAAAGUUACACAUCAGUCCUCUUACCCUGUUUUCAUUGUGCUUUUCUUGGCUUAUAUUUUUGCAAUGGUAUCAAACAUUACACUUAUAUUUCUGAUUUCAACAGAGAAGAAUCUGCAUGAUCCAAUGCAUUUUCUGUUCUGUAACUUGCCAGUUAAUGAUAUAUUAGGGACUACUGUUAUUAUACCACGCUUGCUGCAGGACAUGUUAAGGGAAACAUCAGAGCGCUAUAUAUCAUAUGUGGAGUGUGUUAUUCAAGCUUAUUUUGUGCAUGUAUAUUCAGCAGCAUGCCACUAUGUGCUGAUGAUCAUGGCCUUUGACAGAUAUGUGGCUAUAUGUAAUCCAUUGCGAUACACGACUAUAAUGACCAAUAAAAUGGUGGUUAAACUAUCAGCAUCAGCCUGGGGGCUGACAGUACUUAUGGUAACAAUUAUGUUUGCUCUAACUGUGCGUCUGUCUCACUGCAGAUCAACAAUUGAAAACCCUUUUUGUGACAAUCCCUCACUAUUCAAACUGUCAUGCGAAAAUGUAAGUAUUAAUAACGUGUUUGGACUUGUUUAUACCGUAAUUAUAGCCUGUGUAACGGAUGUGAAAGGACACUCACAAAUGGGAUUCAGCUUCAUUUCUAUAUUUAUAACAUAUGUCAAAAUUGCUACUUUAUGUAUAAGAAACAAAAACAAAGCACUCAACAGCAAAGCCAUAAAAACCUGCAGCACUCAUUUAACUGUUUAUUUAAUCAUGUUCGUUUCUGGAGCCGUUUUUAUUUUUCUUCAUCGUGUUCCUGAAUACUCUGAAAGCAGAAAACUAGGUAGUAUAAUGUUUCAUAUUGUACCACCAGGAUUAAAUCCUUUAGUAUAUGGUUUACAAACCAAAGAGAUAAGACACAAGAUUUUUAAAGUUUGGUGUAGAUAA